AUGCUAAGGCGAGAGCCCACUCUGUGGCUACAGCGUGUAGUGCCGCUGCUGACGCUCCUGCACGCAAUUCGGGGUCGGCCGCUCGUUGCCGUUGCCGGCAUCGAGAACGCCAGUCCGGACACUAAAGACCCCCGGUUCGUGCCCUUCUUGAUCAUAUCCGUCGUGCUGGUGUUGCUGGGCGGUGUUUUUGCAGGUCUUACACUAGGGCUCAUGGGCCAGGACGAGGUCUAUCUCAAGGUCAUCAGCACCAGUGGUACUGCGCACGAACAGAAACUUGCGAGACGGGUUUUGGGCCUUAUUUCGCGCGGUAAACACUGGCUGCUCGUCACUUUACUGCUUUCCAACGUGAUCACCAACGAAACUUUACCCAUCGUCCUCGACCGGUGCCUUGGCGGCGGCUGGCAGGCCGUCGUCUCUAGUACCGUGCUCAUCGUCAUUUUCGGCGAAAUCAUCCCGCAAUCCAUCUGCGUGCGGUACGGCCUCGAAGUCGGCGCCUUCUUCUGCCCCUUCGUGCUAUGUCUCAUGUACGUGCUGUUCCCCGUCGCUUUCCCAAUUGCCUUGCUGCUUGACCGUAUUCUUGGCGAAGACCAUGGAACCAUGUACAAAAAAUCCGGGCUCAAGACACUUGUCACGUUGCAUCGCACCAUGGGCGUCGACAGGCUGACCAGAGACGAAGUUACCAUUAUCUCUGCGGUCUUGGAUCUCAAGGAAAAACGUGUGUCCGAGAUCAUGACCCCGAUUGAGAACGUGUUCACGAUGAGCGCAGAUACCAUCCUAAACGACGCCACGGUCGACGAGAUCUUUAACUCUGGUUUUUCGCGAAUCCCAAUCCAUUUUCCGGGCGAACCCAACAACUUCAUCGGAAUGCUUCUGGUGCGAGUCCUGAUCUCGUAUGACCCAGAGGACGGAUUGCCCGUUUCUCAUUUCCCGCUUGCUACCCUUCCAGAGACUUCUCCCGACACUUCUUGUUUGAAUAUUCUCAAUUACUUUCAAGAGGGUAAAUCCCACAUGUGCGUCGUGUCAAAGGAACCUGGAAGCUCGUUGGGAGCCCUGGGCGUCCUGACCCUGGAGGAUGUAAUCGAAGAGCUCAUUGGUGAAGAAAUCGUGGAUGAGUCCGACGUUUUUGUUGAUAUCCACCAGCGUAUCAUGCGCGAGCAGCCCGGCCCUCUCGCUAAGAGGCAUAUCACUUCCUACUUGCAUUCAUUAUACACAAAUUCGCAUAGGCGUUCUGGUGCCAAUACUUCUGAGGAGCGAAAACCUUUACUAACAAGCGAACCCGAUGGUGUGGUACCGAAUGAUGUGCACUCCAACGGGAAAAACACGCCGUCCUCGGUCCGUGGAAAAAUCGUCCUGCCUUCUAAUCCAGCUUCAAAUCCACUUCAUACUCACAAUCCGCACGUUACCGUGAAAAGGCUUCCCGAACUCAGUCGCGGUGCUUCUCCGCCUAAACAUAGAGGCGGAUCUCCUAACUACGGUGGAACAGAUACCUUUCCAAAAGCCUCACAGGGAUCCAGCAACUCUUUGGAAAAGGGCAUGAGUCUGAAAGACGACAAAAAGGCAGAAUCCAUUUUCCAUGAGCACAGGGACUCCGCCCAGGUGGCAGCGGAUUAUACUGCGGCAACUGGCGAGCCUACAAAGGUUACCACAACCCGCCAGUCUAGCCCGCUCGUGUUAGACAAGGUAUCUUCGUCGAAUUCUGCUCAGUCGGGCCUCCUGCCCGAUACCCGCAUGAUUUCCUCUUCCUACCGAUCUACUAAGAACGGUAUAGUAGAAAGCGUCGUCACCGUGAAGGGUGUUCCUAAGACCAUUAUCGAACCCGCCAAAAACUGGGACGAGUCUCAAGAGGUUGUCAUCGAUGAACGUCACAACGUCAGAGAAUCUGGCGACGACAGCGAUGACAGCUCCAGAAAUCAUCCGAGUUCUGGCAAAAACGCCACAAGUCGAAGGGGCAGUGUUUUCAGUAUCCUACGACGCGUCGGAUCCAGCAACAGCCGCUCCAGCAGCCGACAUACCCCGUCCGUCGGUUCCGCAUCCUCUGAAAGAAUUGAGUCGGAAGCUCUUGGAAGUGACGAAGACGCCUAUUCCAUGAAGAAUUCACUUUCUUGA